CACAGAUCUCCCUCUAUCCAGUGUAGAAGAGUCACACACAGUCGCUCUUUCACUCUUCUCUGGUGAAGUGAAUAAUGGAAAUAUUUGUGACGUUCCUCCUCACUGGAUGUCUGAUGCAAGGAGCUCUUUGUGGUGUUGAUAUCAGUCCGCCGGAGAGAGUAGAAGCUCUAAAAGGAUCCUGUGUUUUCAUACCCUGCACAUUUGAUGUUGAUCAAGAAUAUGAAAAAUACCUCACUGAUAAUGCAAAGAGAAUAUGGUAUAAAGACGGAUCGCCUGUCACUGAAGUGUUUAACUCAGAUCAACCCAACGCUGGAUCGUUAAAAGGAGAAAUAUUUGGCACUCCUACAGACAAAAACUGCACCACCCGCUUCCACAAUGUCCGUCAGAGUGAUCAUGGGUCAUAUUUCUUCAGAGUUGAAAGCGAUCAAUUGAAAUAUAGCUACAGGAAACCUACAUUCACCCAAGUUGAAAUUGCUGUCAUUGGUUCUCCACCCAAACCCAAAGUGAGUCUGUUAAAGGAUCAGCAGAACGUGACAGAGGUGGAGGAGGGAAGCUCUGUGAAUCUGCGCUGCUCGACUAAGAUCUUCUGUUCCUCUCGUCCAGCAAAUCUCACAUGGAGCUCGUCUCCUGAACACCUCCUCGACGAGAGCGUCACUCAACAGCAGCGUCAGGAGCAAACUGAGCUGAUCUCUGAUCUGAUCUUCACUGUAACUCCCCGUCAUCAUUCAGCCAAUUUCACUUGCACUGUAACACACCAACAGAUCACAAAAAACGAGUCCCGUACCCUACGUGUUCAGUACGCUCCUAAAAACACAUCUGCUCAUGUGACUGGAUCUGGGUUUGUUGUGGAGGGCCGUUCAGUGACUCUGAGCUGCAGCAGUGACGCAAACCCACCGGUGCUCAACUACACCUGGUACAGAGACACUGAAGAACCACUGAAACCAGUGCAGAGCGGACAGAACCUGACCAUCAGCAACACCGACCCGACACACAGCGGACGAUACGUCUGUACAGCUCAGAACGAACACGGCACUCAGAACGCAUCAGUGAUGCUGGACGUCCAGUACGCCCCUAAAAACACAUCUGCUCAUGUGACUGGAUCUGGGUUUGUUGUGGAGGGCCGUUUAGUGACUCUGAGCUGCAGCAGUGACGCAAACCCACCGGUGCUCAACUACACCUGGUACAGAGACACUGAAGAACCACUGAAACCAGUGCAGAGCGGACAGAACCUGACCAUCAGCAACACCGACCCGACACACAGCGGAGGAUACGUCUGCACAGCUCAGAACGAACACGGCACUCAGAACGCAUCAGUGACGCUGGACUUCCAGUGUAAACAUGUACAUCUGUGUCUGUAAACGCAGCUGGUUUUGUAGGAGGGCCGUUCAGUGACUCUGAGCAGCAGCAGUGACUACGCUUACAUGUGCACCAACAAUGCGAUUAUUUCUAAUAAUAAGUAGCCUAUGGUUAUAACACACUCAGAUAGGCAUACUAGCAUGUUACCGGCCACUGUUUUAAUUUACUCAUAUUAAUUCAUAAUACAUUUUUAAGGAGGUACUAGAUAUUAUUCUGCAUAUUCCAUUGCUGGUGUUAUGCCGAAUUUUGUGACCCACCAAAUUCUGUAACCCUAUAGGCGUUAUAUUGUGCUAAUCCACCUACUCCUAAUCCUAAUCUUAACCCUACCCUUAUACCCCCCUAUUUUUUUCUGUCUAAAUACCCAAAGAGUUCCUAAAAUUGGUCUGAUACACCUACAAACAGCAAUACUGUGUGUAAAAUGCAUUUCACUAUAGGCAGCUUUAGUAUUUGGGGUUA